CCAACUUAAAAUUGGAAGAAGAAGACAUGUAAUUAACCUUCACUAUUCCGUCAAUUAAAUUCGAAUUUUGCAAUAAUAAACAUGCAAAAGCCAUGAAUUCCGAUCUACCUAAAAACAUUGCCGAAAGCAUAGAAGCUCUCUCGGUCCCCAUUUUAGAGAGUAUUUCUAAAGAAGAGAUUGAGGGCUUCAAGCCAUACUACGAGCGGUACUAUGAAAACAAAUACUGUACAAUUUUCAACACCGAUACCGAAAACAACGAUAUUCUCUUAAGAUUCCACACUAAUAGGCUGAUACUCGUCUCAAUUGCUGCAGGACAUGACAUUUUUCGUCAUAAGAAAACUAUCGAGAGUAUCGACUUUAAUGUGAAUGGGACAAAUAUGCUAGAUAUAAGUAUAUCAGGCAAGAAGAAGGCUGGAGCCAAGAAGUUAAAGAAGAACUCGGUUUUGUGCUUUAUUAAGUGUAAAGACGACGACAAGCAAUAUCCAGUUUGCUCAUGUAUACCGGCAUCGUUAAUUGAGGUAAAUCACCUAGUGCUAGACAAGCCCCAGCUGCUCAUUUCCAGUUACAAAGAAUUUGGGUUCAUUGGAGUCCUAUAUCCACAACGAUCGGGCCCCAAAGCGAGUUCUAUUGAUAAAAUGUUUGCUGAUCUCAAACUACAUUCAGAAAGUGAAUAUCAACAGUAUCUUGGUAGCAGACGAGAAGCAACUGAAGCUGAAAUAGUGCCUUAAAAUAUUCAUUCAUGGAUGUGAAGUAGAUGGCAAAUACCAAAUAAACUCAGAACUUGGAAAUUAUAGUAAA